AUGCCCACACUCUCCACGUGCCCCUUCACUCCCUCCACACCCUGGUGCCUGUUUACUGCUGUGGGGGAUGGGCGUGACCCACACGCAAGUCAGAGCAUGGGUGCAUCAGCAGGGCUUGGCUGUGACGGCUGGGCUGAUGAAGCUGAAGAGUGCAAGCAAGUGCCUCCUGCCACGUGGUUUCGCCCCUCUGCUGCACAGCCCCAUGUGAGCAUGCCACUCCUCACUAGUUUUCAACCUCAACGUAAUCUCUUCGGUUCUCAUGUCCUUGUUGACAAAGUGGUCCCUUUUCGUGGUGGCAUGGCUGCUUGUGUCAUAAUGCUGAGGCAUGCCUAUUCUGGGUUGCAGAGAAUGGGGGAAGCUGCUGGGACUGCCAUAGCGAGUAUGGUUGGAAUACGCGAGUUGAAAGAGUCCGUGGAGAUGAGAAUGAGGGCGCUUGGCGUGCAGCUGGAAGAGACUGAGAGGAGACUAGUGACGGAGUUGAGGGAGAUGAAGGAACAGCAGCAUGAUGAUGUGAUGCAGCUGCGGGAUGAGGAGGAAAUCCAGCAGAGUGCAGCCAUCCAGGAGAUUGCAUGGCAGCGAAUCAACUCGGAAUACCAGAGUACCAGUAUGGAUCUAUCCUCUCUCGAAGGUGUCUCAGAUAUCAUCCUCCACGUUUUGUCCACGCUGACGCACCUCAAGAGCAUUGACUUGUCCUCUAGCUCAGGCUUCACUGCAGAGGGCGUCAAGCACCUCUACAGUCUGCCAUUGUUGGAGACUCUAGACCUCAGAGGCACAGCCGUGUCAGACAGUGCCUUGGAAGGCAUUGGGUCCUUGACCAGUCUCAAGGAGCUCUAUCUCUGGGAGACCGAGGUGACUGAUGCUGGACUGACACACUUGACACUCCUUUCCUCUCUUAAACUUCUAAGCCUUGCUAAAUGCUAUGGUCUGACAGCAGCUGGCAUGGUGCAUGUGGGGAGGCUGACAGGGCUUGAGCAACUUGUGUUGGCUAGGACGGCAGUCACAGAUGCUGGUCUGCGGCACUUGAUAGGUCUCUCCUCCCUCAAACUGCUUAGCCUAUAUGGAUGCGGGGGUGUGACGAGUGCUGGCAUGGUGCAUGUGGGGAGGCUUAUGGGACUUGAGACACUUUGGCUGGAAGGGACAGCAGUCACAGAUGAUGGCAUGGCAGAUGUGGGGAGGCUGAUUGGGCUUGAGAAACUUUUCUUGGGUGUGACGGCAGUAACAGAUGCUGGUCUGCUGCACUUGACAAGUCUCUCCUCUCUCAAAUUGCUUAGUCUUUCUGGAUGCAAGGAUGUUAGUAAUGCUGGCAUGGUGCAUGUGGGGAAACUGACAGGGCUUGAGAGUCUUAUGCUGGAUGGUAUGGGCGUCACUGAUGAUGGGCUGCAGCUCUUGACAGCUCUCUCCGCUCUCAAGGUGCUGAGCCUCCCCAACUGCAAGGGUGUUACAAAAGCUGGCAUGGUGCAUGUGGGGAAGCUGACGCGGCUUGAGACCCUUAGUCUGGGUGGUACGGCAGUCACGGAUGAUGGGCUGCAGCAGCUGACUGCCCUGACCAAGCUGUCAUUUCUCGGGCUGCCGAAUGGGAAAGUGGCUUCCAAGGAGGACGUACGCAGGUGGAUAACAGGUAGCUGGUAG